CACGCUCUGACACAGAACAGCACAUGGAUACCUCACUGAUAAGAACUAGGAAGUGUCCUUUGAAACUAGUUUUUAAGUGUGCGUUGAAUUUUCAAUUUUUUCCCUGUUUGUUGCAAAUGAACUUUCCAAGAAAAUUUCUGGCCAAUAUUGGAGUACUGACCGGUAAACAUUUUGUAAUCGGAGAAAUGUAUACAGACUAGAUAUAUAAUCAAGCUCAGCAUUUUCACCUCCUUGUGCUGGUCAGUUUUGAAACUUGAAAGCAUAGCUGAUUUUGAAUGAAUAGGUUCCUUCGUUAUUCUGUUUCAAAUGCCACAAGAAACUCAAUUCCUUCAUUUACUUCAAUGAAUCGCUGUUCGAUGAAUUAUUGAUCUCGCCAAUAACAAUUGUAUCAACUCCGGAAUAUAAAAUGACCGAAACCGUACCCAAUAAGAUAUUCGACGUUGCUUGUCCAAACCCUUUGAAAUUGCAAGAAAUCUCAUCUUUGGCAAUCGUUGAAGAGCUAUUGCGAAGGCGAAUCCGUUUGUAUCUCGAGCAGCCUAUAGGGAGAUCAGUAUACUACUUGAUUUCUGGAAUUGUGCUCGAAGAUAUGCUUCCUAAUAUGCCACGAAGGAUUUACGACUGCCUCAAUAAAUAUAUCACCAGAGAAAGAAAUGCAAUUGGGGACUGGUUACGUGACCACAUGUUCAAAGUAUUCAAGACUGAUUAUGAAGGUUGUGUCGAAAUUUUAAGCAUGUUCGAUGAUUUCGCAUUGGACUGGAAUGGUACCAUUCAUCAGGUGCGCACAGCCAAACGAAUGCUGCUGUGCGAUCGAAUCGGUAUUGACGUAAAAUUCAGGAUCGCUUGUUUGUACUGCUUGGAAGACGACAUCAAACGGAUUUGGCCAUCAGUCAGUUCGACGAUUCAACCGCAUGACUCCUGUGUUUAUCUUCAUACAGAGGUGUACUACUGGACCCGCUUUCUUAGAAACGAACCGUUUGAGAUUCCUGAUGGUGCAUAUUAUAUUGAUGAACCCAUCGAUGAAAUGAUGCUUUAUGGAGGUGCAUUAAAGAUGAACUAUUCGUGUGCACUGUUCUUUUGGAAUCGCAUACCCUUGGAAAGGCAGUCACACUCUGUCAUUCGCAUCAUGUCAGACACCGUUCCGAAGUUAUUCGCCAGGUUUAUUUUACCAAAAUUAAACGAACAGCAACUCGAAGAAUUUAUCCGUCAAAGAGGCAAGCACUUGAUACGAACACAGUUGAUGAGUAAUGAACGUAAGGAUAGAGACCUUGUUCUUCCAAUACUCUCUAAAUUUAAAGCAGUCAAAUUUCACUGCUUAGCAGUCACGACAUUUUGCCUUUUUAAAGCAGUAGUUUUUUUUACUGCAAAACAGUGAAAAAUUACUGAAUUGGUCAGUCAAAAUGAUUUUUUACUGACCAAUUCAGUAAUUUUUCACUGUUUUGCAGUAAAAAAAACUACUGCUUUAAAAAGGCAAAAUGUCGUGACUGCUAAGCAGUGAAAUUGACUGUUUCAA